CAUUUCAUUCUUGUUUGCUAUGGCUGCCCUUCUGGCGUCCUCACGGACGGUACCCCGUUUUCUGAGUCAAAUAUCACAUAAGAAAAGCAAUUUGAAAUGUUUACAGAAGACUAUUACUUCAGGUGUCUUCAAAAGGUCACUACUACCUAUAGCAUCUAACUGUCCUAACAUUAUAAAUGGUGAUUGUAGCAGCCUAGCCCUCUUCAGUUUUCACUUAGAUCAAAGAAGACAUUUUCAUUCUACGUUUAAAUUAUGGGCCGAUGAUACAAUUACUGUCAAAACACCACCAUUCGCUGAGUCUGUAACCGAGGGUGAUAUCAACUGGUUGAAAGAGGUUGGUGAAGCUGUGGAAGAGGAUGAAGUUGUUGCGGAAAUUGAAACCGAUAAGACUGUUGUACCUGUUCCAUCCCCGACGAAGGGAGUUAUAGCUGAGCUUCUUGCUGAGAACGGUGGGAGAGUAGAAGCAGGACAAGAAAUCUUCAAAUUAUCCACAUCAGGAGAUGCCCCAGCUAAAAAGCCAGAGGCGGCCAAACCAGCAGAGGCAGCGUCACCUCCGCCCCCAACAGCAGCAGCAGCCCCUCCACCCCCUCCCAGUGCCACAGCAGGACCUAUCCCUACCACUCCACCUCCACCACCACCAGUACCCAGUGCACCUAUGUCAUCCAUACCGGUCUCAGCUGUUAAACCAACACCAGUGAUCGCAGCAUCUGCCCCAGCUUCAUUGGCAGGAAGUAGGACUGAAUCAAGGGUCAAAAUGAACCGGAUGAGACUGCGUAUUGCCCAACGUCUGAAGGAGGCGCAGAACACAUGCGCCAUGCUCACCACUUUCAAUGAAAUCGAUAUGAGUAACAUCAUGGAGCUGCGUACAAAAUACAAAGAUGCCUUUUUGAAAAAGCACAACAUUAAAUUAGGUUUUAUGUCAGCUUUCAUCAAAGCUAGUAGUUAUGCUCUAAUGGAUCAGCCAGCUGUAAAUGCCGUCAUAGAUGACAAGGAAAUUGUGUAUAGGGACUAUGUUGAUAUCAGUGUAGCAGUUGCUACGCCGAAGGGUUUAGUUGUACCUGUGAUGAGAGAUGUAGGAGAUAUGAAUUAUGCUGCUAUAGAAAAAAGUCUGAAUGCUCUUGGAGAAAAGGCAAAAGAUGGCGCUCUUGCUGUUGAAGAUAUGGACGGUGGCACUUUCACCAUAAGUAACGGUGGUGUCUUCGGUUCCAUGUUCGGUACGCCUAUCAUCAAUCCCCCUCAGUCAGCUAUCCUUGGCAUGCAUGGUAUUUUCGAAAGGCCAGUAGCCAUCAAAGGAAAGGUUGAAAUUCGGCCUAUGAUGUAUGUGGCAUUGACGUAUGACCAUCGGCUCAUUGACGGACGGGAAGCGGUCACUUUCCUUAGAAAGAUCAAAACAUCUGUGGAAGAUCCACGCUCCAUGUUCCUAGAUCUCUAACGCAUUGCUGCCCUAGGAAUGGUUUUUAAGUAGUUAUGGUCUGUGCAGCUUCGUCAUUUACAUGUUUGUGUGAGAUAUUAACUGUAUGUAGUCGGGAAUCUCAUGAAAGAAGAUGAUUGAGGUCCCUCUGCAUGUACAUUGUAACUCAGACGUGCUGAAAACUACAUAUAAUUAAAGCCUGCUUGUGAACAGGUAAAAGUAAACCCAAGUAAAUUCUAACUCGUAAAUCUUGGCUAUUGAUUUUUGAUAAUGUAUCUAUAUGUAUGAACUUAAGAAACCCCCACCCCUUUUGCCAAUUGGGUGAGUUUUGAAUUCUGAAUUUUGAAUUUCUCCCGUGAAAUGGAUAUUAUUCAGAAGGUGAUGUGAUCAAUGUUAAAUUAUUUUAAUCUAUUUACUUUGCUUCGACACAUCACAUUUUCUUGAUUAAAGAUGACGAAAGCAUGAUUUGUAUGUUCUUUACCCUUGGGCGGCUCUGGGCAAUGAAGUGUGGCUUGGCUAUAGUAGGGAAAAGAUGUUGGCUGCUUCAAAUGCAGUGAAGUAAAAAAAUUUAAACUGUGGUAACUGAGCAAUCAGUAUUUUUAAGUGACGAUUCGUCAAUGUUGAAUUAAUUAUGACCUGCAUCACAUUAUAUGAAUUCUUCAAGUGUGCAUAUCAUCUUUCUGCUGGUCAGGGCCAUGGCCAACUGCUCGAAGGAAAAUACAAUCAUCAUAAGUGUUUGUCAAAGCUAUUCAAAGUAUAGCAUUUGUGUUGGGUUGUAAUAGUACAACAUCUUGUUAGUCUAAUGUCUUUGGCCAAGUGGUCAGUAGUGUAUAAUUUGAGGAGUGUUAAUAUAAAUGACAAUACAAUGAAAUUCUAAGGGUCCAUAUUCAAUUGUCUUCUUGUAUUUGUUACUUUUUGAACUGUUUUGUUCUUCCUCCCUUGGUUGUUAUUCCAACACUGACUGGAACUUCUGAUACGAAAUUAAAUGUACUUGUAUCAAUGUAAAAACCACCACCACCGUGUUAAAAAUUUUACAGCAAAAAGGGUCAGACAAGCUCUUUUUAUACAUAGCCCUCUGGGAGGAAUAGCCAUGCUGUGUACCCGAUGUCACUUUUCACAAACUUAUCAUUAUAUGGAAAGGUUGCAUUCAUGACGGACCCAGUGAUUAGAAAAUGGUUCAUGCUGUUUUCAAUCCUUCCACUGUGUUCGUACAUGGUGUGGAUCCUUUUGUCAUUGAUUGUGAAAGGGAAUGGGAAAUCAUUUAGUUAUAAAAUGAAGUUUUGAAUUAGCAGUAGAUGAUUUAUAUUUCAAAUAUAAAGUUCUCUAAUACCCAAAUAAUUUGGGUAUUAGAGAACUAAGCACAGCACGUAUUGAAAAACAACUAAAUGGCUCAGUGGUUAUCUGUGAGAUGUUAUGUUUGUAGUCGUACUGUUGCUGUGGGGAAAUGUUCAUCUUAUCUAGAUCAAGAUUGUUGGAAUUAAAGGACAUUAGAUAAAA